AUGUCUGAGAAGCGGUUGGUCCACUUUGGGUGGCGGGAAGCUGAAAGCGCGCGCGCUGGCUCUGUCUACGGGGGCGGGACGGCGGGCUGGGAGAGCCGUACGCCAUUGGAUGCUUUAUACAUUGGGCUUGGGAUUUUCAGCCAAUUAGAACGAGAAACUAUCCAAAGCCUGGUAAAAAGAGAUACUUCACCUGGCAUACCUGAAGCAAUUGAUAAACUCUUCAUGGACAUAGGAAAUAUAAACAGAAAAUCUAUGGCUGAAAUAAAGGAUGUUCAGGUUGAAGAAAUGGCAAUAAACCUCUGGAACUGGGCAGUUUCCAAGAGAGUUGGUUUGGAUGUAAGUGGAGAGCAGAGAGCUAAAUUACGACAUGUUGCUUGCAAGUUGAUAUGCAUGUGUGAAAGCGCAGAUGCUCCAGAAGAAGUUAUUCACAGACGGAUUUUGAUGAAUAUGAAAACAGGAAAGGAGUGGGUGGAUGUUGGAAAUGGAGUGAUCGCUGAUGAAUUUUUUCAAGCUGCCAUAGAUGGUCUGGAGCAAUUUUAUGCCAAAUUAAUGGAGAAUUGCUCUUCUGAACCCACAGUGGCUACACAGAAGUGUGCUGUGGAGAGGGAUCUUUUCAAAGUGUUUUCUUACCAAGCAGAGUCAGCAAUUAUUCAAGGGGAUUUUCAAAGAGCAUCUACAUGUAUACUGCGCUGUAAAGAUAUGUUGAUGAGGCUUCCUAAAAUGGUCAACUAUCUUCUUGUUCUCUGUUACAACUUUGGAGUAGAAUCCCACAUGCUGCAUAAAUAUGAAGAAGGUUGUUUCUGGCUUAGCCAAAGCUAUGAUAUUGCGAAGAUAGAUAAGAGUUCUGUUGAUCCUGAAAUGCUGGCUAAAGUUCUACGGUUGCUGGCCACUGUUUAUUUGGAUUGGGAAGUCGGAGAAAAUUAUGAUAAGGCUCUUGGCGCUAUAAACCUAGCAAACAAGGAACAUUUAAACCCAGCUGGGGUUUUCUUGAAGAUCAAAAUCCUCCUGAAGAGCAAAAUAGCUAAUGAAGAACUCAUUGAAGCUGUCACAGACAUACUGCAUCUUGACAUGACUGUAGACUUCUGUCUGAGCAUUGCUAAACUGCUGAUGGAUCGUGAAAGAGAAUUUGUUGGGUUUCAUUUCCUGAAGAUGAUCUGCGAACAUUUUAAGACAUCAGAAAAUGUUGGAAAAGCUUUACUGUACCACAUUGAAAUACUUAUACAAAGAAAGGAAGAACAGCUUGCUAAGGAGAUGAUUGAAGACAUCAUUAUAGAUCAGCAAGCAGGAAGAAAAAUGACAACAGAAUUAAUAGGCUAUUUACACAACCUUCUGUGGAGAAAAGCUUCCAAAAGUUAUGAGGUACAAGACUAUGCUGAAGCCCUAAACUGGUACUACUAUUCUCUGAGAAUUUAUGAAACUGAUGAAAUGGAUGGGGAAUUUCCUAAGCUGAAGAGGAACAUGGCUUCCUGUUACCUGCAUUUGAAACAAGUUGAAAAGGCUAAAGGAGCAGUGACAGAAGCUGAACAACUUGAUCCUGGAUGUAUUUUCACUCAAUUUUAUAUGUUCAAGAUUGCAGUCUUGGAAGGCAAUUGUGACUCAGCUCUGGAAGCAAUUACUGCUUUCAAGGAUUCAUUAAUGGCUGAAGACCUAGGAAAGAAUGACAUAUUUACAGAUUCUGGUUCACAUGGCAAGCUUUUAGGCUUAGCUGCCCAAUUUGCUCUAGAGAAUGGACAACAAGUUGCGGGAGAAAAAGCUUUGGAAUAUUUAGCUCUAUGCUCAGAAGACCCAGAACAAGUCCUGACAGCUGUAAAGUGCUUGUGUCGUCUUCUUGUUCCAAAAGUUUCUCAAAUGCAGGAAUCUGAAAACAAAAAAAUGGAAACUGAUAGACUUCUGACUGGCCUGAAUACAGCACUCGUGAAAUUUUCCCAGGCUUCUGUUGGAAAAGCCUCGACUUCAGACUCAAGAAUUAAUGAAGCUCACUGGUUUAGAAAAAUAGCUUGGAAUUUGGCUGUGCAGUGCAGCAAAGACCCAGUGACAAUGAGAGAGUUUUUCAUGCUUUCUUACAAGCUGUCCCAGUUUUGUCCUUCUGAUGAAGUAAUUCUGAUUGCACAGAAAACAUGUUUACUGAUGGCAACUUCGGUUGAUCUAGAGCAAGCAAGAAGAGCUUCAACAGCUUUUGAACAGACCAGAUACCUGAAUUGUGCACUUGAGCAGAUCCAUGAAUGCAGAGACAUCUGGAAUCUCCUGAAAGAAACAGGGGACUUCUCCAAUGAUCCAUGUGAGACAUUGCUUCUGCUAUAUGAGUUUGAAGUUAAAGCCAAAAAGAAUGAUCCAUUACUGGACAGCUUCCUGGAACCAAUGUGGGAUCUGCCUCAUUUGGAAAGUAAAACACUAGAAACAAUUGCAUCACUAGCAAUGGAAACACCUGCACACUACCCUUCCAUUGCUGUAAAUGCCUUGAAAAGAGCUUUGUUGCUUUACCAAAAGAAGGAAUCGAUAGAUGUUCUGAAAUACAGCAACUGCAUGCACAAAUUGGUUAACCUGUUGGUGCCAGAAGGGGUGCCAAAGGAAGAAAUCUGUCCCCUGGAAGAACUUUGGGGCUUUUUUGAUGAUGCUUUGAGCUUUAUUAGCCACACCGAAGGCUACCCGGAAAUGGAGGUUCUCUGGCUGAUGAUCAUGUCCUGGAAUACCGGAAUAUUCAUGUAUGGCAAUGGGAUGUAUGUAUCUGCUGAAAAGUGGUGUGGCCUGUCAUUGCGUUUCCUCGACCACCUUGGCUCCCUCAAGAAAGUCUACGAAACUCAGGUGAAUAUCCUGUAUAGUGAGCUGGUGGAAACACUGGAUAAAAAGAAAAGGUCUCACUUUUACAUGAAGAGGAACUGA